CGUCGCCCGCCCGGUUGUUUUGCACGGAGAGGGAGUUCAUACGCGGGGAGGGGUGGAGGCGCACGGCACGACUGCUGCCCGAUUUGAACAAUUAUCCCUGAUGAGCGCAGAUUGGUUUCACUUAACAGGCGCAGGUGCGGAGGAUUUGCGAUGCGGCGCAGCUGAACGUUUUUCCAGGUUUGUGACUGAACACUGGCGCAUCUUAUGUUGAACGUUAACUCUUCAGCGGACACGGACUUUAUUUCCCCCCCCCCCCUCUCCACCCUCCUUCGGGACAGGAUGCGUGCUACAAAAUGACACCCCGUCCAGUCUGGCACACUCGAGCCGAAUUCAGGAGCAUCGCUGAAUAAAUUUUGGACCCACGCUGGUAAAAAAUUUGACCGCGCUGUCAUUGCUCUGUCCAGCCUAAAAGGCUCAUCGGAAGCUGCGGGGGGGGAGGAAAAGGGGAAAAAAAAAAAACAAAAAAAAACUAUUCGCUUCACUACUCUUAGGUCUGCGCACUUGGACGACUUGAAAUGAGGACCACAUCCCGGCUGUACUCCGUGUGAAGAGACGAGCCGGGCGGCAGCUUUCCCUUCCGCUCUCAAGGACGCGCCAGAAUAAAGUGGCCCCCGGCCGAGCGAGCUGCGGAGCAUGGAGCGGGACGACUCCGAAACCGUGUGCCCGUCCAAAAAGACGAUAAUCGCGAAGAUCUUCAAAGUUCGCAAGAGGAGGGAGAUGCUGUUCGUUCAGGUCUGCUUCAUCUGCAGUGUCCUCUUCGUGGCAUGGAGCAUGUCGGCGCUGUUAACUAAGACAGGGCAUGGGAUGAUUGUGGAGGGACAUCCAGACCUCGAACACUGGGGUAGAAGACUAAUGGCUUCCAGAUCUGAAAAUGACACGGAGCCAAAGAACUGUUCAGAGCCAGCAAUACACGAGUUCCCCGAUGACCUUUUCACCAACGACGAACGAAAGAGCGGAGCCGUCCUGCUGCACAUCGCAGCGACUCUUUACAUGUUUCUGGCACUCGCCAUAACUUGUGAUGAAUACUUUGUGACGUCACUGGAGAAGAUCUGUGAGAAACUAGACCUCAGUGAAGAUGUUGCUGGAGCUACCUUCAUGGCAGCUGGCAGUUCUGCGCCAGAGCUCUUUGCAUCUGUCAUCGGUGUCUUCAUCACCCAUGGAGACGUGGGGGUGGGGACCAUCGUCGGCUCAGCAGUUUUCAACAUCCUAUGCAUCAUCGGUGUGUGUGGAAUCUUCGCCGGACAGGUGGUGUUGCUGACCUGGUGGGCUGUUUUCAGGGACUCCUUCUACUACAUCCUGUCUGUUGUAGCUUUGAUUGCAUUCAUCUACGAUGAGAAGAUAGUUUGGUGGGAGAGUUUGGUGCUCGUCGUCAUGUAUGCAGGCUACAUCUUGGUCAUGAAAUUUAACUCCAGCAUGCAGCGGUUUUUCAUGGGGAAGUCUAACAAAAAUGUGGCCAAUGGUAACGCUGCAACCAGCAGCGAGAUGGAGGACGUCAAGCCGAGCAAGGCUUACAGCCGCGGCUCAGUGGUGAUGGUGGAUGAGAUGAUGAAUGCCAGCCCAUCAAAGUUCCGCUUUCCUGAGGCGGGACUCCGCGUCAUGGUCACCAGCCACUUCGGGCCCAAAACCCGCCUUCGCAUGGCCAGUCGGCUCAUCAUUACAGAGAAGUUGGUGCAGGCGUCCAAUGGUGUGGAGACGCAAGUGAUUGAUGGGAAGGUGGAAAUCGAGAACGGAAACGUACCAGAGGACAAACCCAAGGAGGCAGAAGAAAACGACACAAUUUCACCGUUUCAUAUUCCAAGGGGCGUGGGCAGCAAGAUCAAGUGGCUGAUCUCAUGGCCGCUGCUCCUGCUGCUGUUCUUCACCGUCCCGAACUGUGCCAAGCCUCGCUGGGAGAAAUUCUUCAUGGUCUCCUUCAUUCUGUCCACUGUCUGGAUUGCAGUCUUCUCGUACUUGAUGGUCUGGAUGGUCACUAUAAUCGGCUACACCUUGGGCAUCCCGGAUGUUAUCAUGGGCAUCACGUUCCUGGCUGCUGGCACGAGCGUUCCAGACUGCAUAGCUAGUCUCAUUGUGGCGCGACAAGGUUUGGGAGAUAUGGCGGUGUCUAAUACAAUUGGCAGUAAUGUCUUUGACAUCUUGGUGGGACUCGGAGUUCCCUGGGCGAUGCAGACGAUGUGUGUGAACUAUGGAUCAGAGGUGAUGAUCAACAGUCGGGGACUGUUGUAUUCAGUGGUACUUUUGCUGGGGUCUGUGGCACUCACGGUGUUGGGCAUCCACAUAAACAAGUGGCAGCUGGAUCUCAAGCUGGGCAUCUAUGUUCUUGUCCUGUACGCCGUGUUCCUCUGCUUCUCCAUCAUGAUCGAGUACAACGUCUUCACCUUUGUCAACUUGCCCAUGUGCAUGGAGGAUUAGAGCGCAGCAGCAUGCAACGAUUACCAAAACCUCAAAAACCCACUUUGGCAACCUGAGUUUUUUUUUUUUCUUUUUUUCUCAAUAAACUGAACCUAUCUGGCGACUUUUUGUUUCCCCCCUUUGCUUGCAGUCUUUAUUUGUAAGUGUUUAAUAGAAAUCUCAUUUUCUUAUAAGGCAGUGCUUUGUAGCUGUGAACUCUACGUUUCCAAAUUGUCCAGUCAUCGCACAGCACUGGUCCUUUCUGCUCGUUCUUUCAGACACUCGUCAGCGUCAUGGUUUCUCUGUACGCCUGCUAACUUUCCACCCAUCAAGCAUGCCUUUAGAUGUCGUGGACCUCCAGAAUCAGAAGUGCCCCUUUUUGAUUUCACCGUUCUCACUUUAGCGUUUUCAGAUCAGAACAAUCAGUUCCCACAUCAAGCUCUUACUAAACCCAAACUUUAUCAAAUGUAAAGCCAUUCUUAAACGAUUCGUGAAAUUACUACGGUCAGGAUUUUUUCCCCCCUCUCUAACCAAGAAAAGAGGGAAGGUCUUGCGCUGGCAUCUCCCCUCCUUUAGCUUGGACCCCUCCCACGCCCCAGCAUGGCUUUAGGCAACAGGGAGCUGAUGCUGUUAGUGCUUUACUCCACUCUGACCCUCGCCUGCUUUCCUAAUCUGCUUUCCUAAAGACCUUUUUGUCAGGACACUUUAAUUCAACAUGUCACAGUCCAGAUCUAGUGACUGUGAUGGUGUUAUGCAUCUGCACCAGUGCACAAUGUAAAUUUGUAAACACUUUUUUUGUAUUUAUUUUUUCAAAAAAAAAAAAGGUUUUGUUUAGUUUGAAAUAUAGAAACGAGCUUGUUGCAAAUGUCAGACAUUGUUUGUCUUUCACUGAAAGCUAAUUGCACAUCGAAAAUGCUUUUCUUGCUCUUUGUGUUGAGAUUGAAACCUCGGAUGUGAGAUGUACCCUGGCUGAUUGACAGCCCAGCUUCAGCCUUUCCGUUUGUCCUUCUGCACAAAUCAAGAUUGGGAGGGGGAAAAAAAAAAUCUCAAUCUGUCUGAUGCAUCUUUUAGUCUUCAUCAAAUGAUUCUCAUUCAAAGAUGGCUGCAGAAGGAUGGUAGUUGUGCUUGUUGCAGUGAUGCAUUCUGGCCUGUAGGGGCCACUGCAGCCCCUCUAUUAGUCCAGAGCGGGCAGUCAGUUCCACCAGUUAUCAGGGAAACUAAGAUGGACAGCUCCUGGAGAUGGAGAUGAUGAUCUUGCUUUUUUGUUCUUUUUUUUUUUUCUUGCGUUGUAUGUAGAUAUUGCACUUUAACAGCCGUCCUCUCAUUCUGAAUCAACUAGUGCUUCCUUCUGUGCGUUUGUACUUUCAGUGUAUACAUGUCCGUGUGACUGUGUGUGAAAGAAACAGUGUGUGUGUGUGCGCGCGUGAGUGUGUACGUGCUCAUUCUGGGCUCGCGUCAACUUUCUCAAACUGACUGGUUCCUCUUUAACAAUUUGAGCACACCUGUAUCUGUCUGCAGUGCAUGCUGGGACACGAAAACAAAGCUCCUCCACAGCACAGCAAAAGGUCGAGGGCUUCCGGGCAGUUUCUAUGGCUACUGCCUGGCCCACUUUACACAAAAAAAAAUGGCAGCUAAGAGCACUGCAAUCCAGACAAUUUUGACACAAUGCAAAAAUGCCUGUAAAGAGUCCAGGAGUGGGGGGUGCAGAGACUAUUAAAGCGUACGUGUGUAUGAAAUGUUUUGUGUUGAAUAAUCCUCCUCGGCCACAUUGUUGGCAGAGGGCACUUGUAUAUGCAAUCUAAAUGUAAAGAAUUUAUGUGACAAAGGCCCCUGCAAGGUUGCCAUAUAAUGACGGGGCAUCCUGUGGAGAUUUGAUGUCAGUUUGUCUAGUAAUCCUUAAUGUGUGAGCUCACAGGUGUGUGUGAAAGCUGGAGAACUGUGCACAGAAAACGGACAUGUCUGGAGCAGUGGCUUUGUGGAAACGCUCAUAUUCUCCCGCUUUUUAUUGUUUUUUUUUCUUCCUGUGGCUUUCCACUCUGGUACCAGGGCAUUAACUCCUCGCCAGCCCCAGCGGAAGGAGCAGCGGGGCAGGAUGCGGCACGCAUUUGGCUGCCCCCAGGACUCUUUAUUGUACACGGCAGACUAAGGAAAAUACAAAAUACUGGACCCCUCCUUAGGCUGCCUUUCUGCUGGGGUUCAUGUGGCUUUGUGACCCCACAGGGUCUACAAACUCCUCCUCCUCUGUACAAGACCUCUGGAGCUUAAUUUAUUUUUUAAUGCUUUCUCAGACUGCAUGGCAGUGCUGUCAGAGUUGAUCUGAAUUGUGUUGCUCUAUUUGAUUAUGUACCGAUUGUCAGGACAGAGCAGUAAUGGUUUAAGAACUUUUUAUUUUAUUUUUUUUUUUAUUUUUUUUUUGUCCUAACUUAGUGUUUUAAAUGGCUGGCAUUUUUACUCCAAAAUCAAUUGUAUUGGGGAGAGAAGGUCAAAAGAAAGUUGGAUGUCAUGUUUGUAACUUUGCAUAAACCAAGAUUGUACGGACAUGUUGUGUACAAAAUACGCCCACGCACUUGAGGAAGCACAUUAGAGAAGGCAAUUUGACACUAGAGGACUGGUAUCUAUUGACCGAAUGCGACCUAAUGCACUGUGAGCUCAAUGUGAUGUGGGAGUUGUUUGUCAAGAAAAAAAAAAAAGAUAAAUAUAUUUAAUGUAAAGUUAGUUACUAUUAAAAUAUUACUGAGGACAUCUGUAUAACUUAUAUGAAUGUAUUGUCUUGCUAUACUGGACAUAUCCAACCAAUGCAUUUUACUGUAAAGCAAUAAUGUGAAGAAAAAAAAUAAAAUGACAAAAUGACUCCUA